CAUAAUGCACCAGAAGUGAUAGCACAGCUGGAAAGCGCAGCCAAAGUUUUAAUGGCACCCCCAUCCAUGGUCAGUCAUGAGCAACGUCAACAUGCAGAACACAUAUUCCUGUCAUUUAGAAAAUCAAAAUCACCAUUUGCAGUAUGUAAACACAUAUUAGAAACAAGUAAAGUUGACUACGUUCUAUUUCAAGCUGCCACAACCAUAAUGGAAGCAGUUGUACGAGAAUGGGUACUCUUGGAAAAAAACAGCAUUGAGUCACUACGGACAUUCCUAUUAACUUAUGUCUUGCAAAGGCCUAACCUUCAGAAAUACGUUCGAGAACAGAUACUAUUAGCAGUAGCAGUAAUUGUCAAGCGAGGCUCAUUAGACAAAACCAUUGUCUGCAACAGCAUCUUCCAUGAAGUCAGUCACUUAAUAAGCAGUGGCAACCCAGUAGUGCAGACAUUGGCCUGCUCAAUCCUAACAGCAUUAUUGAGUGAAUUCUCAAGUUCCACUAAAACCAGCAAUAUUGGCCUCAGUAUGGAAUUCCAUGGGAGCUGCAAAAGAAUUUUUCAGGAAGAUGACCUUCGGCAGAUAUUUGUUUUGACGGUUGAGGUGCUUCAGGAAUUCAGCCGACGAGAAAACCUCAAUGCUCAAAUGUCUUCUGUGUUCCAGCGUUACCUUGCACUAGCUAAUCAAGUCUUGAGCUGGAACUUUCUUCCUCCAAAUUUGGGCAGGCAUUAUAUAGCUAUGUUUGAAUCCUCCCAAAAUGUGAUGUUAAAGCCAACAGAAUCCUGGCGAGACACCCUUCUGGACAGCAGAGUUAUGGAUCUAUUCUUUACAGUACAUCGCAAAAUCAGAGAAGAUUCUGACAUGGCCCAGGAUUCCUUGCAGUGUCUGGCACAACUAGCCUCAAUCCAUGGACCUAUAUUUCCUGAUGAGAGGGCUCAGGUUGAUUACCUGGCUCACUUCAUUGAAGGAUUACUCAAUAUGAUUAAUGGGAUAGAAAUAGAGGAUUCUGAAGCGGUGGGAAUUUCCAAUAUUAUGAGCAACUUGAUUUCAGAGUUCCCACGUAGUAUUUUAACUGCCAUUCCAAGCGAACUAUUUUCUUCAUUCAUAAACUGUCUCACACAUCUCACCUGCUCCUUUGGACGGAGUGCUGCCCUGGAAGAAGUGCUGGACAAAGAUGACAUGGUGUAUAUGGAGGCGUAUGAUAAACUCCUUGAAUCAUGGCUUACGCUUGUGCAAGAUAACAAGCAUUUCCAUAAAGGCUUUUUUACUCAACAUGCUGUACAAGUUUUUAAUUCAUACAUUCAAUGCCAUUUGGCAGCACCAGAGGGCACAAGAAACUUGACUACCAAUGGUGUAGCAACACGUGAAGAAGAAGAAAUCAGUGAAGUACAAGAAGAUGAUCGAGAGUUGUUUUCAGAUCAGUUAGCUGGUAUAGGCAUGCUAGGAAGAAUAGCAGCAGACCACUGUAUUCCUCUACUUAUCAGCUUGUUAGAAGAUAGAGUUACAAGACUUCAUGGUCAGUUACAAAGGCAACAGCAGCAGUUUCUGUCAUCACCAGGGCCAGCAUCAUUGGAUAGUAAAGUACUAGAUGAUUUGUAUGAGGAUAUUCAUUGGCUAAUAUUAGUCACAGGCUACCUCUUGGCUGAUGAUACUCAGGGAGAGACUCCUCUUAUACCUCCAGAGAUAAUGGAAUAUUCCAUUAAGCAUGCAACAGAGGUUGACAUUAACACAACACUUCAGAUUCUGGGUUCGCCAGGGGAGAAAGCCUCCUCAAUCCCAGGAUGCAACAGAACAGAUUCUGUGAUUAGGUUGUUAGCUGCUGUUCUUAGAGCUUCAGAAGUUGAGUCUCGAGCCACAAGGGCAAACUUGACAGAACUGCUCAGCCCACAAAUGGGAAAAGAUAUUAUGUGGUUCCUGAAACGAUGGACAAAGACUUACCUUUUAGCAGAUGAAAAACUUUAUGACCAGAUAAGUUUACCUUUAAGUACAGCAUUUGGUGCAGACACUGAAGGUGCUCAGUGGAUUGUUGGGUACCUUUUAGAAAAAGUUAUAAGUAAUCUUUCAGUGUGGAUUGCAGAACAGGAUCUGGCGAAUGACACUGUUCAACUCCUUGUAACUGUAGAGAGGAGAGAACGGGCCAAUUUAGUAAUAAAAUGUGAAAACUGGUGGAAUUUGGCAAAACAAUAUGCAAGUCGAAGUCCACCAUUGAACUACCUUCCCAGUACCGUCCAACGGACAUUGAUGAAAGCCCUCGUUUUGGCAGGGUUUGCUCAUGUGGAUACAGAAACAAAACAACAGUAUUGGACAGAGGUUCUCCAACCACUUCAACAACGAUUUCUUAAUGUUAUAAACCAAGAAAACUUCCAACAAAUCUGUCAGGAAGAAGAGGUAAAGCAGGAGAUCAUUGCCACACUAGAAGCACUCUGUGGAAUAGCUGAAGCAACACAGAUAGACAAUGUAGUCAUUCUCUUCACCUUUUUAAUGGACUUCCUCAAUAAUUGCAUUGGUUUAAUGGAAAUUUACAAGAACACACCCGAGACUGUUAACUUGAUCAUAGAAGUUUUUGUUGAAGUUGCACAUAAACAAAUCUGCUAUCUUGGAGAGUCAAAAGCCAUGAAGUUGUAUGAAGCUUGCCUGACUCUACUGCAAGUUUAUUCCAAGAACAGCUUGGGAAGGAAACGGUCUGAUGUGGCAGCAGAAGAGGAGCAGUAUCAAGAUUUGUUGCUUAUUAUGGAACUUCUGACUAACCUCCUAUCAAAGGAGUUUAUAGACUUCAGUGAUACAGACGAAGUAUUUCGGGGACAGGAACCUGGACAGUCGGGAAACAGAUCAGUGUCAGCUGCAGAUGUUGUCCUUUACGGAGUUAAUAUUGUACUGCCACUAAUGUCACAAGACUUGCUAAAGUUUCCAUCACUGUGUAACCAAUAUUACAAAUUAAUCACCUUCAUCUGUGAGAUAUUUCCUGAGAAAAUACCACAACUUCCAGAAGAACUUUUUAAGAGUCUUAUGUACUCCCUGGAAUUGGGAAUGACUUCAAUGACAUCUGAAGUUUCCCAACUCUGUUUAGAAGCUCUUACGCCCCUGGCUGAACAAUGUGCCAAAGCACAAGAGACAGAAUCACCACUCUUCACUGCAACCAGACACUUCCUUAAGCUCGUCUUUGACAUGCUGGUAUUGCAGAAGCACAAUGCAGAACUUACUGACGCUGCAGGAGAAGCAUUCUACACACUAGUAUGUCUGCAUCAGGCUGAGUAUUCAGAAUUAGUUGAAACCUUACUAUCAAGCCAGCAGGAUCCAGUUAUAUAUCAAAGAUUAGCAGAUGCCUUCAAUAAUCUUACUGGAAGCAGCACUCCCCCCACCUUGGACCGGAAACAGAGGAUGGCCUUCCUAAAAAGCCUUAAAGACUUCAUGACAAAUGUUGGUGGUCUUCUAUGUGUUAAAUAAACUCAAGCUGCAAAAGGCCCAUGUUGACUAAUGCACUGUAAAGCAUGGAAAUUGAAGCUGACUGAAUUUUACACCUGUUUCAAGGCUGUUGCCUGCCAUCUUGGAUUUUAGACUCUCAGGAUAUCUAGUCUACCACAGUAAGACCGAAGGAUGAAUCCACUACUAUUCAGUUGCCAGUGUUUCUUAGCCAUGAUUUGCCAUAUAAACUAAUUGUUUACUUAAAAAAAAGAAUAAAAUAGUGUAUUUUAGAGAAUUCCAGUGUGUGGAUGAAUGGCACAGUGAAUGAAUCCAGUGCCUUUUUAUGUCUGGUUUAAACCAGCUGCCCAAAUGGUCAGACAAACUGUCUUAUUGCUUAUAUUUGAACCCUUGCUUUGGGGGAAUCACUGUAGACAAAAUACACAGCUGUAAAUGUGUUAUAGCUGAAAUUAGCUUUAUUUUUUUCCAACAUAUGGAUUUAUUUGUGACCUAAAGAAGAAAACACCAAAUUGUAGCAUUUUAAUCUUGAUUUUUCUUUCACAUGUCAGGCAGUAAUCACGUUGUACACCACAUUUCAGAUUCAAUUUGUACUGCCUGCUGUUCAGAAUAAAGUAUAUAUUUUUGCUUCCAGCCGUGGAUUUUAGGAAUUGUAACCAGUUGCCUUAUUUUCUGUAAAUACAAAAGUUUUGUGUUGUGAAAGACUGAAACUGGAUUGCCAAAGUGGCAGCUUUGUGUUGUUUUUCUUGUAACAUACUUUUCUUCUAAAAUGAAAAGUUUGUCACUGUUGUCAGAAGUAGUGUUGAGAACAUUUACUUAAGAAUGGAAUGUUGUCAUUUUAGAUACGAAAAUUAAGUCAUCUAAGUUCCAUUUAAGGUUUAAAGGGAUUUACUUUUAAACAAAACACAACUUUACACCUGAACUGCCACACUGCAAGGUUCUUGUGUUUAUUUGAGCAAUAACUAAUUCUAGGGUGUGAAUUGUUUAGUAAUGUUCUUCGGCAUAACCUAGGGCAUUUAAAAAAAACCUCUAGUUUAUACUGUUGCGUAGUCAAAAAUCAAACUUGUGACUUCAGAAAAAUGUAAAUAAGCUGUUGGGCAUUUUGCUUGUGACAAAUUUGCCUUGACUCGCUAUUGCUCAACAAAUCACAAUGUAUGUACAUAAGUAAAUAGAAUAUUGUAAUACUGCACAAUAUACUUAGGGCUCCAAAAUGAGAAAUUAAUCAGGAUGAAUCAGUUGAGUUUGAACAUGCAAAUUAGUUUUAAACACGCAGAUUAAGUUGGUGGGGGGGGGAAGCGGCUUGUGGUGUUCACACCACUAAAAAGCUGAAACAGAAUAUACACAAUGGAUCAUCUGAAGGAACAAAGAUAGGUUAAUAUUUUGGAUAUGAUCAUUGUUUUAGCAGCCUCCAUCCAAAAUGUUCACUUGUCUUUCUCUGUUUGACUAAUUUGUUAUAUUUUCACAUUUCCAGUAUUGGUGUCCAUUUUGUUAUCCUCAUGAGUAUCCUUUUUGAUGAACUAUGUACAGGUUGUGUGUCAAAACUACUGAAAAAGUCAUAGUACUAUGUUUAGUUUCUUGAAGCCAGCAGACCAGCUAAGUGGAAGCUUAUAUAGGUCCCAUAAUAUACUCAAUUUAAAACAAAAUAGAAGUAGCUUAUGGAAUUAAAGUUGCUGCAUUUUGCUUUUCAAUGUUUUUAGAAGAUUAUUCAAAAAAAACUGAGGCAAAAACAUAAUAUGGUUGAGAGUUUGUGCAGAUCACUUUUCUAUAGAUCACUAAUGUUUUCCUUUUUAAUAUUUGCCCAAACUUCAGGUCUUUUCAAAAUACCCCAUUAAGCAACCUUUAGCUUCUUGCUAUACAAGGCCAAAAGCAUAAUUUUCCUCUGUUGCUACCAAUCUUUCCAGCUUAAACUGAAUAUGUAAUUUAUUCCAUUUGCUAUGGAAACAUUUGAACUAGCCUUCACACAGAAUAAUUAUUUUUAACUAUUUUGUUUAUUUUAAAUUAAGUUUAUAUCUAAUUCUGAAAGCUGGCAAGAGACAAGAUUAUGUGCAAAUCAGGAAUACAUUGCAUUUUUUUAUUACAAUAUGCCAUCUUUCUACAUACAUUCUAAGAAAAGGUGAAUAAUCAAUAUGUCACCAAAGUGCUUGAAAUUAUCCGUACUGGAGCUCUAUAUAAUUGCAAUUUAUCUAAGACUUAUUUUGCCAGGCUCCCAUUAAAAUGCCUUUUUUUUUAAUGGGCGCAAUGGAAAUUUUUUGAAGGAGUCACAUAGACAAAAAUUUAUAGAAAGGCCAUCAGAGGUGAUAUCUCCAUUAAGCACAAUAUCCCUUGCAAAAAUUGAGCACUGAUCUUGCUUUUUUCCCCCCACUCUUCCAUUCCCUCCAACCUCCUGUGUUGCUUUCAAAGACAUAAUUAAUGUAGUUUACCUGCCAACAAUGAUUUUUUUAUAAUUGAAUUGCAAAAUGAAAGAUGAUUGUAUUGAAAUAAUAGAUCUUAAUCAAUACAUGCUCUGCAGCACAGUAAUAAUUCCUUGUCAAAUUUGCAUGUGUACAAACUGGUGGUAAAGAAAUCUGGCUGGAUGUAAAAUUUGGUGUUCUGCAUCACCUGACUAUUGCAAAUAUAUGCAAAAGACCAAGGUUUUUUUCUCUGCAAUGAUAGAAUUAGUGUCUGUUGUGUCAACUCAGAUACAGGAAAAUGGGGUGUUAGAGUAAGGGACGCAUUGUACAGAUUUUAUUCAGCAUUACUUAAUGUGGCACUAUGUUUAAAAGUUCAAAGAAUGAUAAGAUUUGUCUUAAGUAUUCUAUGCCCCCAAACAUUGUAUUUGAUAUUCCAUUUUAUCAUGUUAUGUGAAGUUUCUAUCCUAUGGUUAAACUGCUGGAACUAUUGUUGUCUGUUAAUCAUAAAACAUUAAGUAAUUUAAAGCCAAGUUAUUACUAAAAAGAAAACAUGUAAAAAAAAUAGGUACAGAAUGAAUGCUUCUUCACUAUUGGUUAUCAUAUUUGUAAUAUUUUUUGAGUGGUGUCACAUUUUAGUUUCAAUUCCAUGGUUUCAGCCCUUGUUCUGACCAGGGAUAUCCAGGACUGUUGAACAAAGUAUUUAACUAUGCUGUGAAAUAAUGCAGGUCAAGAAAAAUAAAAUACUGUCAAUUGCUGCCAUGUGACAACUACUGUGACCUUUUUAAUUCAUCUGGAAUCUGUCUUGAAUGAAUCAUAGCUUUUCUUGAAGUGUAACCAGUUCAUGGGCAGUUAUGCAUAAAUUAAUAGCUAUAAUGCAUUUAAAUGAUUAGUAUUUUGUAUGUUUUGUACCUUUUUUGUGUGAUUUAUUUUGACAUGUUAUAUUACAUCCCUGGUGUGCAAAUUCAGCACCAUUUUAUGUACAUUAUAGGAAUUUUGACCAUUAGAUUUUUUUUAAUUGCGCCUAGAAGGAAUUGUAAAGGUUUGAGGAUAUGUUUUGGGGACAUCUGUCUAACCUAAAAUGUAUCGUAUAAGUGUUCUUAUAAAAUUUAAUAUUUUGCUGCAGUUGAGUUCAGUACAAAUUCUGACUAUUGCAUAGUCUACCCUUCUUGCAUAGUACAAGAUACAUUUUUUAAAAGAAAAAUACACAUGGAAUGUUUCUCUGUAUAUAUGCGGUGACGACCAAAUAAACUUUG